CGAAUGUUUCGCUGUCAUUUUGACAGUUGCGAAUGUCCUCUCACCACCAAAAAGGACCUUUCCCUAUACGACUCGAACAGCUGCCUCGCUCUCGCAGGACGAAACGCAAUGGAAGAGGAACGGCGAGCGAGAGAGCGAGAGAUUGUGUGCUCCGUUUGACAGCAAAAUUCGAGCGUCUGUAAAUUUGUAUGCCUAUUUUUCUGUGUUUUCGCAUUUAAAACAUUUAAAACUCGAGUGAAACUUAAGAUUUAAGAAUCUAAAUAGUGAAAAAUGGUUGUGAUUACGUUGGCGCCCCGUUAUAAACACAAAUAAGCCCAUAGUCAAGUCUUCUGUGUUCAUGUUCCUUUUCGCGUGUUUGUGUGUACCAUACAAAAGUGUGUUUACAUUUUUUCAAUUCAUCCCAACCAACAACUAAACAAUAGAAUACAUGGUUUAAAAACAUAUUUCCAGGACUGGCACAAUAUAAAUACCAAAUUUAAUAAAGAAAGAGCUCGAACCCCGAAAGUGUUGCCACAAUGAACCGGGUGCAAUGGCUUCUGUUUGGCAGUUGCCUCGUGAUGAUUUCGCAAAUAGAGGCAGUCACCGAAGAACUUUCUCCAGAUCAUGUGCGGGAGUUCAACUGCGGCAAGCUGUACUACCGUACAUUCCAUAUGAACGAAGAUCGAGAUACGCUCUAUGUGGGAGCCAUGGAUCGCGUAUUCCGUGUUAGCCUGCAGAAUAUCUCCUCAUCCAAUUGUAAUCGGGAUGUGAUCAACUUGGAGCCAACACGGGAUGAUGUGGUUAGCUGCGUCUCCAAAGGAAAAAGUCAGAUAUUCGACUGCAAGAACCAUGUGCGUGUCAUCCAGUCAAUGGACCAGGGGGAUAGGCUCUAUGUGUGCGGCACCAACGCCCACAAUCCCAAGGAUUAUGUUAUCUACGCGAAUCUUACCCACCUGCCGCGCUCGGAAUAUGUGAUUGGCGUGGGUCUGGGCAUUGCCAAGUGCCCCUACGAUCCCCUCGACAACUCAACUGCGAUUUAUGUGGAGAAUGGCAAUCCGGGUGGUCUGCCCGGCCUGUACUCCGGCACCAAUGCGGAGUUCACCAAGGCGGAUACGGUUAUUUUCCGCACUGAUCUGUAUAAUACUUCGGCUAAACGCUUGGAAUAUAAAUUCAAGAGGACUCUGAAAUACGACUCCAAGUGGUUGGACAAACCAAACUUUGUCGGGUCCUUCGACAUCGGGGAGUACGUGUACUUCUUUUUCAGAGAAACCGCUGUGGAAUACAUCAACUGCGGCAAGGCCGUCUAUUCACGCAUUGCACGAGUGUGCAAGAAGGAUGUGGGUGGAAAGAAUCUGCUAGCCCACAACUGGGCCACCUACCUGAAGGCCAGACUCAAUUGCAGCAUCUCCGGCGAAUUUCCGUUCUAUUUCAACGAGAUCCAAUCGGUCUACCAGCUGCCCUCCGAUAAGAGCCGAUUCUUCGCCACAUUCACGACGAGCACUAAUGGCCUGAUUGGAUCUGCCGUAUGCAGUUUCCACAUUAACGAGAUUCAGGCUGCCUUCAAUGGCAAAUUCAAGGAGCAAUCUUCAUCGAAUUCCGCAUGGCUGCCGGUGCUUAACUCCCGGGUGCCGGAACCACGGCCGGGUACAUGUGUCAACGAUACAUCAAACCUGCCCGAUACCGUGCUGAAUUUCAUCAGAUCCCAUCCACUUAUGGACAAAGCCGUAAAUCACGAGCACAACAAUCCAGUAUAUUAUAAAAGGGAUUUGGUCUUCACCAAGCUCGUCGUUGACAAAAUCCGCAUUGACAUCCUCAAUCAGGAAUACAUUGUGUACUAUGUGGGCACCAAUCUGGGUCGCAUUUACAAAAUCGUACAGUAUUACCGCAACGGAGAGUCGCUGUCCAAGCUGCUGGAUAUCUUCGAGGUGGCUCCCAACGAGGCCAUCCAAGUGAUGGAAAUCAGCCAGACACGUAAGAGCCUCUACAUUGGCACCGAUCAUCGCAUCAAGCAAAUCGACCUGGCCAUGUGCAAUCGCCGUUACGACAACUGCUUCCGCUGCGUCCGUGAUCCCUACUGCGGCUGGGAUAAGGAGGCCAAUACGUGCCGACCAUACGAGCUGGAUUUACUGCAGGAUGUGGCCAAUGAAACGAGCGACAUUUGCGAUUCGAGUGUGCUGAAAAAGAAGAUUGUGGUGACCUAUGGCCAGAGUGUUCAUCUGGGCUGUUUCGUCAAAAUCCCCGAAGUGCUGAAGAAUGAACAGGUGACCUGGUACCAUCACUCCAAGGACAAGGGACGCUACGAGAUUCGUUACUCGCCGACCAAGUACAUUGAGACCACCGAACGUGGCCUGGUUGUGGUUUCCGUAAACGAAGCCGAUGGUGGUCGGUACGAUUGCCAUUUGGGCGGCUCGCUUUUGUGCAGCUACAAUAUUACGGUGGAUGCCCACAGAUGCACUCCGCCGAACAAGAGUAAUGACUAUCAGAAAAUCUACUCGGACUGGUGCCACGAGUUCGAAAAGUACAAAACAGCAAUGAAGUCCUGGGAAAAGAAGCAAGCGCAAUGCUCGACACGGCAGAACUUCAGCAGCAAUCAGCAUCCGAAUGAGAUUUUCCGCAAGCCCAAUGUCUGAUAUCACGAACAGAGUAUCGCCCUCAAAAUGCCGUCAUCGUCCAAUCAGUUUUAGUAAAUCAAAAGCGAAGAGGAUAAUUACAGUGCGGAAUAGGAAGUCCAGCAGGGAGAAAGGACGAGAAGAACUCAUUAUAAUCAUUAUUAUCAGCGACAUCAUCAUAGACAUACUUUCUUCAGCAAUGAACAGAAAACUCUUCCUAAAGGAUUAUGCAUUUACCGAGGCAUUUUCAAUGCAUCCAUUGACUUAGACUUAGACAUUAGGGUAUUAUCGCAUGACACAGCUCCUCCCAUACGGUGCAAUUGACCGACCUAAAUCCAUUCGCAUUAAAUACAAUAACAAAAGCCACGACCCAUAGUUAGUUACGACAAUUGAACAAUGGAGAUACUUAAACAACUGCCGCAGAAUC